AUGACGGAGCAGAAAGACGAGAAGUACAAGAAGUUGGCUUCUGAUUUUGCAAAGCUUCAAGGGGUGGUGACUGAGCUUAAGGAUAUGCUCACAGAAGCAUUAUCCCGUGGAAACAACGGAGAGCCCACCUCACAGUCAAAACCGGUGUCUCAAGUCAACUAUGAGCAAAGAAGGAAGGCACAGUUUGAUGUUUCAUUAGACAAACUGGUUGACAUUAACCUAACCCAAAGCUCGGAGAUCAACUUUGGUGAGAAUACACAAAGUUAUCUCUUCAGAAAGCAAGGCCAUCUCUCACAAGACUCCUUUGUCCCCGGAUUUGAUCCAUCCCAGCAAUCCAAGGACAAAUCUAAGAAAUCGCAGCCGAGAAACCAAAAAGCAAAGGACAAAAACACAGCAGUGGAGAAUGUUAGUAAGGAAAAGGGGAAGAUCUCGCAGCAGAAAAAUCAAAAAGCUAAGGUGAAACCCAAAAAAGCGGAGCAUGUGAUUACGGAAAAGGAUACACAUGAAGACACGUCUAAGAGAGAAGGGAAGGCCGUGAAGACGGAACCAAAUGGUUCUACAAAAGAUCCUAAAGCCGCAGAAGUCGACUCCGAUACUGAAGACGUGUUGAAAGUACUUGCAUGUCUAACAAGACCGAUUAAACGCAGACCCCUUUACAGUGAUUCUGAUGAAGACCAGGACGGUGAAGACCGCGAAUUCCACGAGAGUCAAUCCAAGCUGAUGCAGGAUCAUCCAUUGUCAGAAGAUCCCGAUGCAUUCCUGUGGUAUAUCUCAGAGGAGCGUUACGAGGAGCUACAUGAGUGGUCGCAGACAUUUGUGGACAUAAAGGUUGGUCCAAUGCUGCUCACAUGGGCGCUAUCUAACCGUGUUGUUGGUCCAGGUGGUCCAGAAAAAUGGCUAAAAAACGAGGAAAUUGAUGGCUUGCUCUAUGUAUUUCGUGAGAAUACGACUCUGAAACGAUGGGAUGUCGACAGAGUGGGGUUCAUGAACUUCAAUUUCGCAUGUUGUAUCAAGGCGGCGUAUGAGCAAUGGAAGAGUGUGAAGAAGAAGUUCGAAGUCAGUGAGUACCUCAUGGCUUUCGGCAAAGGUAUUCUGCCUGCUCACGGCAGAACCGACAAGGUUUGGGGAGUGGAUUUUGAUCGCAUAUACACUCCAGUGUCUGUAGGCGGCAACCAUUGGAUCGCCUUGUGUAUCAAUUUCUCGGAGCGGGUCAUUGACGUAUUCGACUGCAACGGAUUGAAAAGGUACAGGGAGGUGGACGCUUUCACGCACAUGGUGCCGCGUAUCAUGAAGGAAGUGCAGACAGGUGAAACGAAGAAAAACCUCUCUGUCGCCCCAUAUACCGCCAGGUACGUCCCAAUGCGAGAUGGGAUGAACGAGACCCAUUCUGAUUGUGAGGUUUACACGUUGAAGUUCAUAGAGUGUCAUGCGUUGGGACGAGAUGUGUCUUUGCUAAACGACGAAAACAUGAAGUAUGCUAGGUACAAGAUAGCGUCUGACCUACUUCAGGCGGGAAGGGAUGAGGUUUUGCUUGAGCGGAUGUCAAGGCAUGUGACGCCGGAGUUUGCUCCCACAGAGACCAUAGACAUUGGUUUCAUAUUUUUGUUGGUUUUUUUGUUACAAUUUCCUUGA